CACUGUAGGAAAUUCCAGCCUUUGAAUGGUUUACUCGAUUACUGCAGGGAGAUGUAACACUGCAGUAAACGUGUGCAUUUCUUGUUUUUGAGCCUGCCCUAAUGAAGAAGAAAACAAUAUAUCGGACAAUAAACCAAAAUGUCUGCCAAGAAGAAAAUUUCCAAUAAUGCAGUUGCAAUGACUGACAUUGCAUCGGUACCUGUGAGAUUUCCAAACAAGACACAAAAGCAAAUGAAGUCAGCAGAUAUCUUACGAAAACCACAACCAAUCACCGACAAGAGAAUUAAACCGACUUGUGACCAGUUCGUUUUGGACCCACAUCCCACUGGAGCUGAAUUGAAAAUGUGUAAUCUCUUCAGACACCCUAAAAUCAAUCACGACGAUUUCCUGGUUCUCCACGUUCACGUCGAUUUUCCAGGCAAGAAUCUGUUUGAGUUUCUUUCUAAUGGAUUACUUGUAAGCCAAAGGCCUUACAGAGGAAAGCCAAAGCGGUACAUAUUUUUUGGUCACAGUGCUUCUCAACUAAGGAACAGAACUUGCUUCUUGUACGACGAGAAACUUGGCGACUUUAAUGAUAUCAUACAAAUGUUUGGAGAUUUCAGCUGCAUCAACAACGUUGCCAAGAGGGCAGCACGUAUUGGAUUGUUGCUCUCUACCGCAAACGAGGUGCUACAACUGCGAGAUGAUGAUAUCACUAAAGAGACAGACAUAGAACGAGAUGGAUAUAACUUUACAGAUGGUUGUGGGUCAAUAUCAGUAGAAUGUGCGACUAGAAUAACUGAGGCAAUGGGUCAAACGGAGCUGUAUAAACACCAAGUUCCUCCAGUUCCAUCGGUCUUUCAAAUAAGAUUAAAAGGAUGUAAAGGAGUGUUAGUUGUUGACCCAAAGUUACCUAGAGGGAUCAAGAUAAGAAACUCAUUGGAAAAGUUCUCUUGGAAAUUAUCUGAGCCCCACAUCCUUGGAGUGGUUGAUGAUGGGAUCUCCAAGCCAUAUGCGUAUGGUAACCUAAUUAAGCACUUCAUACGGAUUCUGUCAGCUCUGGGUGUUCCGGAUAAAGCGUUUCUUAAGCUACAGACAUCGUUCUUUGAAGAACUACACCAGCUGGAAAAAGACAAGUGGAUAGCAAUUAAACACUUAUACAUAAGUGGGCGUUCUGAUCUUGCCGAAAGAGUGAUAUCCAUGACAUAUGAUUACUGUUCCAACCAAGAAAUCAGAGAAAAAUUAGAGAGCAUUCGAAGGAAGGUCUUUGACGAUAGAAAAACUGGUGCCUCUGAUAAGCUCGAACGAACCAAGAAGUCUAAAGCUGAAGGCCUGAACAUCAGAGCAGAGUUGUCAAGGAAUGUCUUUGGGGUAUGUGAUAACUCUAACACACUCGAAGAAGGCACUGUGUUUUUCCAACCAACCAUACGUGGAAAACCCGUUGUUAUUAAAGGGAGAGUAAUCGUUGCUAAAAGCCCGAGCUAUUAUCCUGGCGAUAUUAGGGUACUGACAUGUGUAGACAAUAAACACUGCAGACAUCUUGUUGACUGUGUGGUCUAUCCCGUAAAAGGAAAAAGACCCCACUGUGACGAAAUUGCAGGAAGUGACCUGGAUGGCGAUAAGUACUUCAUCUGUUGGGACCCAGAUUUGGUUCCAAAACAACACUGGAAACCAACAUCCUAUCAAGGAGGGAAGUCGAAAACGCAGAGUAAUAUAACUACCGAUGACCUUAUUAGGUAUUUCGCUUAUUACGACGUACGUCUCGUUGGAAAGUUUUCAAAUCUCCUAGAAAUGUGGGCCGAUAUUGCUGGCAUUGAUUCACCUCAAUGUAUGGCUCUCGCUAAUUUAUUCAACCAUGCCAUUGACGCAGCCAAAACUGGUGAAAAUGUUAAAGUUCCAAAGAGUCUGAUGGUAAAAUCUCGGAAAGGUGAAAAGAUGUUUGUUUGUGAGAAGAUGGUUAAUAAUGCCAAAUGUUUGAGUGGGGACAUCAAAGAAAGUGUUCCCAAAAUCGAGAAGGAGAUGAGAGAGGAAUAUGGUGAAGAAUCAGAAGAAUAUUCAACUUUUGUCGAUGCUGCUUCACUUGUCUACAAGGCAAGUUAUACUGCUCCUCUUGACGAUAUAGACGUUAACAAUCACGACUUGGCAUUACGGCGUAGUAGAAGUGGGAUCGUAAGACUCCUAAUGCUAAGGCAUGAUCUAGAAAUCCGUGAAGAAACAACUGUAUUGUCAAAUGAAAUAAUGGACGCGUCCGAAGAGACCAUUUCUUCUUUAUUACAGAAAAACAAUUGGCCUGCCGAUGACUUUAAACUUUUUCGGAUGCUGUACAAAUGGUGUCAGAGACAUGAAAAAAUGAAUCUGCUUUCGAGAUUUUGCCAGCUAAUUGACUUUUCGACAUUCACGAGACUACAGAGAGAAUUGGCAAUGGUUGAUUGUCCAGAUAGCAUUGAACAAAUCCAAGGAAGGCAUUCUGGUCUUCAAUCUUCGUCCAUUUUGUCUGCGGAAGAUGUUGCUAAUCUCAACUCUGAAAUAUCACCAACAAAAUGGUCUUUGGUGUACACAGUGCUAAACCAAGAUGAAGAAAUAUUUUCAUGGGAAGAUAUCUUAAGUAAGAUGUCAGAUGAUCUUCUGAAAUUACUUGUGUGCAAGUUUGACCUCGGUGGCACCUGGGUCAUAACAAUUUUUGUACCGGGAGCACUUGAACUUUUGCAGACGUCAAAUGACACUACAACCUUGCCUGAUCUGAGAGCAUUUGUGUCAGUUCACGGAUUUAAUUCUCAAAAUUGUAUAGUAAAUAAAGAAAAUGUUGUACAUGCAGUUCUUUUGCGUCGUAGCAGACUCCAAAUCUACCCUGCUGAUCAAUCUACAAGAAAUACAUUUAUUUGUAUGAUGGAAGAGGAUGGUCGUACCAAGAUGAGUGUUGCCCUUCAGAAUUUCUCCAGUGGAUUUAAAAGACGGUAUCCAGAUAUAUAUCUGAGGCGCGAACCAAUCAUAUCCUGUGAAAUAUUUCUAGGAUUUUCGGAUGUUAGGCAGUUACCAACCUAUUUUGUAACAGACACAGAUCCUCCGGAAUUAAAUCCAGAAAUAGAACCUCCUGAAUGUCCAGACUUUUUAUAUCGCCAGGAAGAAUUUCCUGUUGUAUCGAGUUCACGAGAGGCACAUACUGAACAUUCUAGGACCUGGUUUCAAGAGGUUGACAACAAAUAUAACGAGCUGAAGAUGUUGGCAGCAAAUGGAACGUUACUUAACUCGCAACUUCAGAUGUUGUUUGCAAUGGCCAACGGAGACUCCGAAAUUGUAUUCAGUACCUGUAUCGGUGCAGGUACGAACUAUAUGACUGAGCAAUACUUUCCUCAUGUACUUCUGGAUGAGGCAUCACAGGCUACUGAACCGGCAGCGAUGGUGCCUCUACAAUAUGGCUGCCAAAGAUUAUGUCUUGUCGGGGAUGAUAAGCAGUUACCUCCGCUAGUGAAGAGCUCAAAUGCUGACCAGCUGGAAGUCUCUAUAUUUGAAAGACUUAGGCAAACCUUUCCGACACAUCUUCUGAACAUUCAGUACAGGAUGCAUCCAACUCUAGCAGCAUUUCCGUCUUUAAAGUUUUACGAGAAUCAGCUACUGAAUGGGGUUGAUGCAAAAGACAGACCUCUUCCAUGUGGAUUUCCUCAUAAUAAAGGAAAGCCGCUGCUUUUCUUGGAUACCUCCAUGAUUAAGAGCAGAGAGAAAUCUGCUGGUGAGUCCAAAUUAAAUAGAGAAGAAGCCAAUGAAAUUAAAAUACUAGUGGAGCAGUUGCUAAAAGCAAAAGAUGUCAACGAAACAGAAAUUGGAAUUAUAUCUCCAUAUACAGCACAGGUUCGUCUCUUAAAAGAGCUGCUUAAAAAACCAAAAAUCGACGUCCGCACAGUAGAUGGGUUUCAAGGCCAGGAGAGGGAAGUCAUAAUUUUUUCUGCGGUUCGCUCGAAUGACGACAAACUUGUUGGAUUCCUUGACAACGAGCGUCGUUUUAAUGUUUUGUUAACCCGAGCGCGAAGAGGUAUGAUCGUAGUUGGGAAUUCGACUACUUUGAGAAGCAGUGCUUUGUGGAGAGAAUGGAUAGACUGGACAGAACGCAAUGCAUGUAAGGCACAUGUGAAUCGUACGGAUGGCCAGGUUACUGGACCUAGAAGUAGUCAAGGGAGGGACAGAGAAAACGAACAUGCUAGCCAGGAUGCGGCUAGAAAUUACUCUGGAGCGAGGUCAAGAGAUGGUAGAAGAGGUAUGGGAAGAGGAGGUAGAGGAAGGGGAGGUAGCAGUAGGGGUGGUAGUAGUAAAGGGGGAAGGGGCAUGGUCCAAAAUUGGGAGCGAUGGUAA